CGGGGCCGGCCCGCUCCGCGUCACUUCCCCGGCACGGGCGGGAAGCGCAGCCUGGGCUCCUCCCGGGCGGCGGGGCCGCCGCGCUCCCGCCCCUCCGCCCCGGGGGUCCCCUCGGCGCUGGGCAGCCCGCCCGGCUCGAUGGAGGGGCGGCCGGCGGCGAAGCGCUCUGCGCGGUUCCACCCGGCUGCAGAAAACAUGGAGCAGCCCACAUGAAGGAGCGUGUGGAGUUUAUAUUCCUGCAAGAUGUUCCUUGGAGGACCAAGGCCAGUUUUCCAGGCCCGUGGGAGAUGAAGCAUUGACCACAUGACAUUUUUAUUUCAACAAGUGCUGUGUCAGUGUUGCUUUGUGUGAAGGACAAAGAUUUAUUUCUUCACCUCGCCAUGUCGGCCGUGACGAGUGCCCUGACCCCAGAGGCCCCGAGCCCUCCCCAGCUGGAGGAGAAGCCAAAGGGAAAAUCCCUGUUCCAGCUGGGCUCACUCUUUGCUAACAGGAGUGAGAAAUUUGUGAUUGCUCGCAGUGACAGCUUGCCAGAGGAGAAUGUCCUGAAAAUCACAAUCACAGAGACCACGGUCAUCGAGUCCGACCUGGGCAUCUGGAAUUCCCACGCCCUCAUCUACCUCACUUUGUGGUUUUUCUUCAGCUUUUGCACUCUGUUCCUUAACAAAUACAUUCUGUCCUUGCUGGAGGGAGAGCCCAGCAUGCUUGGUGCUGUUCAGAUGCUUUCCACCACCUUCAUUGGCUGCAUCAAGAUGUUUGUCCCGUGCUGCCUGUACCAGCACAAAACCCGCAUCUCCUACCCCCCCAACUUCAUCAUGAUCAUGCUCUUUGUUGGAUUGAUGAGAUUUGCAACAGUGGUCCUGGGCCUGGUCAGCCUGAAGAAUGUGGCAGUUUCAUUUGCAGAAACUGUGAAAAGCUCUGCUCCUAUUUUCACUGUCAUCAUGUCCCGGAUGAUUUUGGGGGAAUACACUGGGUUGCUGGUGAAUCUCUCCCUGAUCCCUGUGAUGGGAGGGCUGGCUCUGUGCACAGCCACGGAAAUCAGCUUCAACAUCCUGGGCUUCUCUGCAGCUCUGUCCACCAACAUCAUGGACUGCUUGCAAAACGUCUUUUCCAAAAAACUUCUCAGUGGAGAUAAAUACAGAUUUUCAGCUCCAGAGCUUCAGUUCUACACAAGUGCUGCUGCUGUGGUUAUGCUUAUUCCAGCCUGGAUAUUUUUCAUGGACGUGCCUGUGAUUGGGAGAAGUGGCAGGAGCUUCAGCUACAACCAGGAUAUUGUGAUUCUCCUGCUGACGGACGGGCUCCUGUUCCACCUGCAGAGCGUCACCGCCUAUGCCCUGAUGGGGAAGAUUUCCCCCGUCACUUUCAGCGUUGCCAGCACUGUCAAACACGCCCUGUCCAUCUGGCUCAGCAUCAUCGUGUUUGGGAACAAGAUCACCAGCCUGUCAGCCGUGGGCACGGUCCUGGUCACCGUGGGGGUCCUGCUCUACAACAAGGCCAAGCAGCACCAGCAGGAGACCCUGCACAGCCUGGCCAUGGCCCCACAGCCCCCAGGGCCCUCCGAGGACACCGAGCCCCUGAUCCCCAAGGAUUUGGAACCCUAUGAUUAAUGGGGCCCUGCAGCCUCCCGGCCGAGCGCGGCUCCAAGGAGAUCCUCCUGGAUGGGGUUGUAUGAGUUCCUCAAAUCCUCCUGGAUGGGAUUGUAUGAGUUCCUCAAAUCCUCCUGGAUGUGAUUGUUCCUCUGAGUCCCUCAAACCCUCCUGGAUGUGAUUGUUCCUCUGAGUCCCUCAAACCCUCCUGGAUGUGAUUGUUCCUCUGAGUUCCUCAAACCCUCCUGGAUGUGGUUGUUCCUCUGAGUUCCUCAAACCCUCCUGGAUGUUGUUGUUCCUCUGAGUUCCUGGCAGGUCUUGCCCAGGAUUUGAAGCUGGAAGGAGCUGGGAAGGAUCCAGGAAAGCCUUGGCAAUCUGGUGCCCCAAAGAGAGGACCUGGAACGUGGUGAACGUGGGCUUUGUUGUCUCUCCUUGACUCCAAAUCACAUCCAAGCCUGUGCUGGUGGAAGAACUUCAGUGUCCUGUGGGAGAACAAUUCCUGUCUCCUUCCAAAUCCAAACAAUGUGAAAAUGGGGCCCCAGCACUGAAUUCUGCUGGCAGAGGGUUGGAAUUGGUGCCUCCUGGAAGUUUCUGCUUGUUGCUCUGCAAUUCCUGCCUCCUCCCUCAUUCCUGUGUGCUGGAGAGAUGGAACAGGUCCAAGGAGGGGAUUGUCCCACCCUGACCUCACCUCAAGCACUUGGGGGCUUUUUGGGCCCCCAAAACCUGCCAGAGCUCCAGGAGCAUUUGGACAGCACAAGGAGGGAUUUUGGGGUGGAUUUUGGUUUCUGUACAAGGCAGGAGUUGGACUGGAUGGUCCUUGUGGGUCCCCUCCCACUCAGGAUAUUCCAUAAUUCUAAGAGGGAUUGGAAUUCCCACCCUUCUCUCCCAAAAAAAAAAAGACAACAACAACAAAAAAACAACUUUAUAGGUUUGCUUGAAGCAAGCUAUGGGAAAUGAGCUGUGGUGAGCACCUGCUGCUGGCUACAAAUCCAGGAUUUGUAGUGGUUUAAAAUGUAAAAAUUGAAUGUGGAAAUAUUGCAUUCUGAUCAUUUAUUGGCAAAACUGAAAUGCAAAUAUUCACACACGUAGCCUGUGUAAAUGGAGUGUUGAAUUCAAUACUUGUAGUUGCUUAGAGGUAAAAAAAAAAAAACACUGAAAGUUGUGGUGACAAAGGAAGCAGGAUCUCUGCAUUUCUGUGAAAAACCAUUUUGUUGUUUUAAUUUCAUUUUAUUAUGCAUGAGGAAAGAAUUUGAUGGGGUUUUUUAUAUUAUUUCUAAGAGUGCAGCAAAAGGCUGCCUUUUAGAAUCUCAGGGUUAUGAGUCUGACCUGUGUGUAAAAUACCUAAUUUCUGAUGAUAUAAAGAAAUCUCAGAGGCAUCUGUGACAGAUGGGAGGAAUAUUAACCAUAAACUGAGGCAAAUCUUUAUUUCUGCUGCUUUUAAAUUUCCUUUUUUUUAAAAGGAAAUUUGUUUUUGUGGUAGAUCAAAGAUUAAAAGUUAACUUCCCUUUUCAAAAUUCUGAAGAACAGUCGGUUUCGACAAAAAAUAAAGCACAAAAAACAUUCACAUGGACUUUUUGGGAACAAAACUUGAGUUGAAAGGAGUGGGUUUUAAUAACUGCCACUCUUCUUCUGGAAGGUUGGAGCAUGGAUAUAAGGAAAAAAAAAAAAUGGUUAACAGGAAAUUACAAGUGGAAUUCUGUAAAAUUACAUUUCCACACCUCAGUGAUUACCUGGGGCAGAUUCCCCAAAGAUCUGAGGGAGAAAAAUGCCAAUUAUUUCAUCCUUGUGUAUGUGAUCUGUCUGUGGUAUUUUGUUUUCUUUUGUACUCCUGUCACUUUUAUAAAAGCUGUGGACCGUG